AUGACAACAUCAAGCGAAAGCAGACUAUCUUCUUCCUCAACGUCAAUAUCUUCGUCGUCCUCUCGGCAGCAGCAGCAGCAACGCAAUUCUUGGCGCCAAAAUUCACCGUCAAGCGAGCCAUCAGCAUCCCCUCCAUUCUCCAUUGACCAACUCUCCAUCUUUGCUCGACGAGCAUCGAGUUCCAGUAUAACCAUUUCUGCUCUGACACAAUCAUUCCAAAAUCAGCGAGUACCGGAUGAGCAAGAACGGAAGCAACGAAUGCACGAUGCUGCUCAUCAAGUGACGACAGGCGUAGUAACAACAACCCAGCUUGCAUUAAACGAUUGCUCAGUCGGAUUAUAUAGGGUGUUUGACCAUAUUCAACGUAAAAUACCUCAGAUUGUCGAUGAGAAAAAAUGUUUACGCGUGACCCGAGAACAAGUCGAUACAGCUACGGAGGAUAUUGUGGAUGUUCGCAAGGUGGUUGCAGAAGUGGAACGUAUUGAGUCUUUUAACAAUAUAUCCGACAUGAUUAAAUCUUCAUUGACGAUAGUCAAGGUUGCAAAACAAAGACAGCAAGUGCAAGCGCAACGACGAAUUAGUGGACGGAUAGGAAGCUGA